AUGGGCGGUUCUUCCCUUGCUGUUUUCGGUCUCGUCCUGAGCGCCUUCUGGGCUCCAACGGCAUUGUCGCUUCCGACAGCAGCAUCCGAGUUGGACCCUGCCUUUGGUUCUGUCGGGCCUCGCCAGAGUCUUGAUCUCGCCGCCAUCGCCCCAGAAUUGUUCAACGCGCCAUCGAGCCGAAACACAAAGGAUGCCGCAGUGGCCUCUGACCUUGCAGGCUACCUGACCAUUGUCUUCCUCGGCGCCGACCCAUACAUCUACUUUUACCUCAGCGACGGCAACAACCCAAUCGCCUUCAAGGCUCUCAACAAGGGAAACCCUAUCCUCAAGCCGACCAAGGGAACGGGUGGCGUGCGUGAUCCCGCGAUUGUCAAGGGCGGGGGUGACGAGGCUGGUCGAAAGUGGUAUAUUGUCGGCACGGACCUCAACAUCGGCAAGACGACGUGGGACGCGUCGCAGCGGACCGGCUCACGGGGCAUCUUUGUGUGGGAGAGCACCGACUUGCUGACGUGGACCAACGAGCGGCUGGUGACGGUCGAGGACCAGACGGCGGGCAUGGUGUGGGCACCCGAGGCCAUCUGGGACCCGGCCAAGAGCCAGUACAUGGUGUACUGGUCGUCCAAAUUUUACACUGCAUCCGACAACAAACACACCGGAUCGCCCACCAAUACCCGGAUCCGGUAUGCCUACACGUCCGACUUUAAGACGUUCUCGGCACCGCAGACCUACGUCGACAAGGCCCCCAGCGACACCAUUGACUUGACCGUGCUGCCCCUGUCCACGGCUUUUGGCGUGGACCUCGCCGCUGCCGCCACGAACCAGACCUUUUUGCGCUUCAUGAAGGACGAGAGCAAGAAGGGCGUGUUCAUGGACUACUCCACGACAGGGAUCAUGGGACCGUUUACUCGGCCGGGCGGUGCUGCGGCGACGAUCGAGUCUGGUGUUGAGGGCCCGGCGGCGUUCUGGGACAACACGGUGGCCGGCAAAGCACACUUGCUGCUCGACUUUUACGGCGGGGACGGCUACCGACCGUACGAGAGCACGCGUCCGGAGACCAACAACGGAUGGACGGCUAGCAGCCGCUCGGCAUUUCCCAAGAACCUGCGGCAUGGGAGCGUGCUGCCGGUGACGGCGACACAAUAUGCAGCGCUUGCUGCCCACUGGGCAUAA